GAUUCAACGGAGCGUUUGAGAGGUGGUGUCGCGGCUCUAGCUCUAUCUAGUCCGAGCAGUGCGUCUAGCAGUGCGAAUUCGCGUGUGUCAGCAGUAUUUCAGGUCCAAAACUUACGCGUUGUGCUUGGCGCAAUUCAAGUGACACGAGAAACCGCCGCUCUAUCUUAGUAUGCGCACUAUGUGUUGCUAGCGAUCCGUCAAAUGGUAAAAGCAACCGUGCACGACCGGCGUCGCAUCCGUGCCGUGUUUCCGUUUAUAUCUAAUUAGAAAGUCCGUUAAUAAGUCAUUGUACCUCCCAUGAUCUGAAUGAUGUCACUAAUUUGCCGCAAGACCUGUAGUGGGAAAUUCACAUCUGAAUGAAGUAUAGCGCAAUGGUUCCCGCAGAUGUGCGCGGAGGCCAGACCGACAGCCCGCAGAACACCGAGGUGGAACGCUGGCCUUGUGAUGGCUCGGUGUGGAGCUUGCGUUCAGAGCAACCGACCUCCAGUUGUGAGAGCACGCUGGAUGUGCUCAAGCUAGAUAUUGAUGAGCUGGCUAACCAGCUAACACUCCUAGACCUGCAAGUGUUCUUGAAAGUUCACCUACAAGAGCUGGCGGGUUGUGGCUGGAACAGGCGAGAAAAGGUUCAACUUGCCCCUAAUGUUGUGGCUUUGACUGGGCGAUUCAACCAUGUGAGCUUGUGGGUGGUGCAGUCAGUGCUGUGCGAGCGGUCAGUGGGGCGACGGGCAGAACUGCUGGGCUAUUUUGUACGGCUGGCCCAGCAGCUGCAGCUGUUGGGCAACCUGCAUGGUGCUUGCGCCGUCGUGUCAGCCCUUCAGAGUGCUCCACUUUUUCGUCUCACUAAGACCUGGGCACAGGUGGGCCGUCGUGAACGCCAGCUGCUGCAGCGCCUCGCUUCCCUUUUUUCGGAAGAGGAUAACUUUGGUGCCCAGCGAAGUCGGCUGCGGAGUGCUUUGUCCCGUGGCAGUCCCUUUGUGCCACAUCUGGGGCCCUACUUGCGAGACUUGCUUCAUAUGGAACUUUGUGCUUCCCAGGGUGAUCGUGGAGCAACAAAUGUCUCUCUUCUGGGCUGCUUGGAUGCUCUACAGACUUCCUGCCAGCGCUUUGCUCUGAACCCAAAUGCGAGCCUCCAGACGCAACUUGUGCAGCCCUUCUAUCUUGAGGAAUUACAGAAGUUUUUUCAGGAAGAUUCUUACCGAGAAUCUCUACGCCUGGAGCCUCCUGGGCGACAAGCCAGCUUGACACUGCUAGCACCUCCAUCAGAACUCAGCCCCGCUUCAGGAAGUGCCACCAGGCCACCUCGCUUCAUUCCUGGUCAUAGAAAAGCCCGCAGCUUAGGAACUAAUGUGUUGCUGUGCGGCCCAUCAACUAGCAAUGGAUGGGGAGAGGCUGCUGCUCCUGAACAGAAAGGCCGGCUGCUGCUGGAUGACAGUGUGGCUGAAGGUGCCGGCACUGUCCUGUGGCGGCCAGCAGCCCUGGAGCUCUGGGAGCCUCCUGCGCCACUUUAUGGAUGGGAAGAAGAGAUGGUCACCCAACCAGCUAGCUGCGAAGGUUUUCUACGUAGAAAAACUCUUCUUAAAGAUGGACGUCGACCUGCUAUUUCUGCAUGGCUGCGGUACUGGGUGGAGCUGCGAGGAAACUCCUUAGUCUUCUACUCUCCCAAGUCACUACUUGCCAAAGAACGUUCUGAUUUCAAACGCCAGUCCUGUAAGCAGAGCUGCAUUGCGGGCUGGGUGGUGUUUGCUUCCCCAGACUCCGACUCCUUCCAGUUGUUGGACCCUGGUCGUGGAAGUCGUUACAAGUUCCGGCCUGCUAUGGGAAGCUCAGUCCACGACUGGUGUGCCUGCCUGAGUGCUUCUGCUAGCACAACACUCUAGACUCCUUUUGAGGUGUGCAGUGAAUGACGACUGAUGAACUGAGCCAGUGCCAUGAGGAGCCACUGUAUAAUAAUUGAAAGUAUCAUAAAUUAUUUUUUGAUACUAAUUA